UCUUCUGUGAAUCCUUUUAUCUUUGUUCUCUCUCUCUCUAUAGAUAUGGUCGUUGGUGGAGGAAAACCCACUCCCGAAGCAGAGGUGCCGGUGGAAGGCAAGGGGUCCCGAAAUGACUCGGUCUUGAUUUUGGACGAUUCGUCUAUCGAGUCGGAGGUCGCCAAGCUACGUGGUAGAUGGGAACUCGCCUCGGUUCUCAACUUCCUUAUUGUUUUUGAGCCUGUGAUAGGGAGUGAUUUGAAGCUAUCGGCGGAAGAGAUCGAGUUAGGGCUGAUUAAACCUAAUGCUUCAAUUGCUGCACUUCAUAUCAGACUUUUGCAGGGGACGCCCCCUUUGAGUAAAUUGUUGAAGGACUCUGAUGGAUGGAUGACUGCACUUUGCAAAAAACUUACAAUGUGGUGGCCAUGGGUUGCUGAGGGAGAGAUUCUGCUCACUGCUCGCAAUGGAGAGGAGAUAUCUAAAUACAAAGAACUUGAUCCAACAAGCCGCUUGCUUCUCUUAAAAGCACUUUGCGAAAUUCGAGCAGAUCAAAACGAUGCAGUGUCAUACAUUAAUGAUGCUAUGAAAAGUAAUAAAGAAACUUCUUGCUUCCGAAAAGAGAAGAUAGGGGCAAACGGGAAUGUUUCAUAUUGGUAUGAUGGAAAUACAGUCUUUGGGUAUAGAUUAUACAGGGAAGUUAAAAAGAUGGAGCCUCAAUCAAAAGCUAAGGGGAAAGCACGUUUAACCUUGCCAACUGUCUGUUCUCACUGGGAAACCCUUGCAGUGGAUUUCAAGGAAUUUCGUGAAGUUGUGGAUACUCUAAUGGCUAGCAAGAUUGCAGCGGAAGUUGCUAUUGGCAAGACUAUCAAUGAUGAUGUCAUUCCUGUUGUGGAGAAAUUUCAAAAGAAGAAAGAAAGGGCACUGAACCGGAAGAAAAGGCAAGAGAUGCUCCUGAGUAGCUUUAGAAGUUCCUCUUGUGCUGGUAUUACCCGCACAUGUCGCAAUCGUAGGCCUGUCAGUUACACUUUUGAUGAAUAUGAUCGCGCUAUCGACGAGGCUAUAGAAAUAACAAAGAGAAGGAAGACAAUUGAGGUGGAAAGCCAGGGGCAGAAGCUUCCAAGACAAACUUUUGGCUCCAAUGGAGGUUCAGAUGUGGAGGGCUCUGUCUCAAAAGACAGAUCAGAUGGGAAAGCAAACUCCAUGGGUAGUGACACUGAAGAUAACAAGCUACAAAAAGCUGGUGAUAAUGGUAAUGAGAAAGAGGAUGAUGAUGAUGAUUAUAGUAGCAGAACAGAUGGCGAUGACAACAAUAGUAGCAACUUGGGAAGUUCUGCGGAUGAAAAUGAAAAUUUGAACAAUGAGAACCAUAAGAAACACAUGUCGAUGGGAUCACGGCGGAGUAAGAGAUUGGCUGGAGUUGAUAGCCAUCCUGCUGUAAGAAGUGGAAAUUUUGGCACAAAAAAUAGGUCGAGGCAAAGGCCAGUUGUCAACUCCGCCCUUGAAACUAUUGUGCCUGAUUCAGAGGAUGAUAUCUCGUCAGAUCAUACAAUGUAAGCAAUGGGAUAUCUGGUUCUGAAAGCUUGCCUAGAGAUGCUGUUCUAGGGUUAUAAACUGAUAGCAAAAGUUUGAGAAU